CAGGAGUUCAAACUACUUCUCAUGUUGAAAGUUUGAAUCAUAUUAUCAAGAAUGUACUAUCAUCAAGUAGUACUCUAUGUGACCUUGCUAAUGCUAUUGAAGAAAAACUUAAAGAUAAGGCACAAUAG